GUCAGGAUUCUGUGAGUCUUAGAUUGAGUCAGUAGGUCUGUCAGUCAGGGGUUGACGUCUACGUGGUGAGGUUUGGAACCACUAACCCGGUUGUACACUUAUCUCCAUGGUUGAGACCCGUAGUGGGAAGGAGACUAGUCCCUACACCACGGAGCAGCAAGAAAAGAUGGCCGCCUUAGUYAGAGAGAGUAAGGAGAGGAAAGAGCGUGAAAAGCAAGCCAAGCUAAAGGCUAUCGCAGACGAGCAGGCGGCGAAGAUGAAGAGAUUGGAGGAGGAGAUAAAGAAAGUACAACAAGAGGAGGAAGAAAGAAGAAAAGUUGUUGAAGCAGAAGCGGCAGCAGAAGAAGAGAAAGAGAGGAUGAGGAUUGAGAGUGGAGAAGGGAGAAGUGGUGGCAUGAUGACAAGGGAAACAGAUACAGGGCUAGAGAAGAAGAUCAGCGAAGAGAGUAAGGAGAGGAAAGAGCGUGAAAAGCAAGCCAAGCUAAAGGCUAUCGCAGACGAGCAGGUGGCGAAGAUGAAGAGAUUGGAGGAGGAGAUGAAGAAAGUACAACAAGAGGAGGAAGAAAGAAAAAAAGCUGCUGAAGUAGAAGUGGCAGCAGAAGAAGAGAAAGAGAGGAUGAGGAUUGAGAGUGGAGAAGGAAGUAGUGGUGGCAUGAUGACAAGAGAAACAGAUACAGGGCUAGAGAAGAAGAUCAGCGAGUGGGUCGCGAAUUUAUCGUUGGGGGAAGACGAGGAGGCGGAGUCUUAUGUGACUAAGGAUGAGAAGGCUGCGCUGGCCGCCGAGCUAGCAGCCAUGACAGACCCGAUGGAACGAAGAGAGAGGGAGGAGGACCAAAAGUUAGCAUGGAAGCUGAGAGAGAAGAAGAAGAGGAGAGAGGAAGUGAACAAGAUGACCGCAGAGGUGGCAAAGGUGCAGGAGUGUAGGGCGGAGGUGCUGGCCCAACCAGACGAUAAGGCCAAGUGGGACAAAGUACUGGGGUAUCUGGAGGUGUUGAGCAAGGCCUGGAUGGAGGAGCGYCAGGCAAGCUGGAGCCAGGAUGUAGCGUUGAGUGCCAAGCGGUCAGGGUUUAGAGAUUUCGUGCGCGAGUUCGUCACCCAUAUUAGGGGCGAAGUGAAGCAAUUGAGAGAUAAUGUAGGGAAGUUUUGUGAGGGCUCCAUGCAGGGUGCCAAAGCAGUAGCCGCUGUAGAGGGAGAGGCCAGACCCCGUAAGGAUCCAGUGAAACUCAAGUUCCCAGAUGCGUACGGGGGGAAGAAGGAAGAAAACUUUGACAACUGGGAAGCCAGUGUCAAUAGUUAUAUUUAUUUGCAGCAUAUUUUGGUCGAGGAACAAGUCUUUGUGGCCUUCCAGGCCCUCAAAGAUGAAGCGGCUAGUUUUGUCAGGUCUCUUGCGCGCACAGCCGGAUGUGAAAACAACCUGGUUGCGUAUUCCAAAGUUACUCCUCUUUCUCAAUUCCUCAAGCUCCUCAAGGAGCGGUUCGCUGACCCAACGCGAGGCAUUAGAGCCUUUGAUAAGCUCCAAACGAUCCACUCGCAGCACUGGAGGAGUGCUAAGGCACUCAAGAGUACUAUGGACGACUUGGUAGUCGUCCCUGACCACGGGGUGACCGAGCCCCAGUUGGUCAAGUUGUUUUAUCGUGCCAUCCCAAAGGUCCUACGCGGGCAUUUCUUUGACAAUGAGCCUUAUGAGUAACCCUCAAAGAUAGCAAGAUGGGUGGCCGCACUCGGCAUGUCUAGGGACUGACAUUUCCGACCGUUCAGAGGGUUAGACCCGGAUUGGC